UUAGAAUUUACGAUCUGGUCCUUCUCCAAUUACAAAUUGUAAUUCCGGCCCGUAUUGGAUUGACAUCUUCAAUUCUCUCCCAAUCUUCACUGACUUCUGUGAUUCAGUUUCCAGUUAUCAUUUAUAUUCUUCUAAACUGAUUGAUUUCCCGUACUGUAAAUCUUUGCGAUGACUUUAAUUUCCUCAGAAAUUUGUUACAUUAUCUGUGAAAUGACAUGAGUUUCCUCAAAGGCAUCAUUGACUCUCUAGGCUCAAUUUUCUCUCCCGAUAAUUCGCCCUAUGAGUCUGGACAAAACCCUAGCUCUUCCACAAUGGACGAUGGAGCAGGAACUUUAGUCACAAACGAAAGAACAGCAUAUAAGCUUAAAGGAUAUUUCGAAUUAGCUAAAGCAGAGAUUGAUAAAGCGGUCAGGGCUGAAGAAUGGGGUUUGGUUGACGAUGCUGUUAUUCAUUACAACAACGCCCAACGAAUUUUAAAUGAAGCCAUUUCGACUCCUGUGCCUUCUUAUAUCAGCUCUAGUGAACUAGAGAAGGUGAAAUCUUAUCGGCAAAAGAUAUCAAAAUGGCAGGGUCAAGUGUCCGAGAGAUUACAAACUUUGGGUCGGCGGACAGGUGGCACAUCAAUGAACAAGAGCACCUUACCUCGUGCACAAACUGCUGCAGUUUCAUCAACAUCAAAUAACAGAAAAAAGGUGUCACAAAAUCCUCAGCAUUUGAAUAAAAACAAUCCAUUAGCGAGGAAUCAGACUGAUAAAGUUGUAAGCUCUAAACCUGUGCAAGAAUCUGGUGGUGGAUAUGAAUCAAAAUUGGUUGAAAUGAUAAAUACAGCAAUAGUGGAUAGAAGUCCUUCUGUGAAGUGGGAAGAUGUUGCUGGCCUUGAGAAAGCUAAGCAAGCUUUAAUGGAAAUGGUCAUUUUGCCAACCAAAAGAAGAGAUUUGUUCACUGGCCUUCGGAAGCCGGCAAGAGGUUUGCUUCUCUUUGGUCCACCUGGUAAUGGGAAGACCAUGCUUGCCAAAGCAGUGGCAUCAGAGUCACAGGCAACGUUUUUCAAUGUUUCUGCAUCUUCACUAACUUCGAAAUGGGUGGGAGAGGCUGAGAAGCUCGUCCGGACACUCUUCAUGGUUGCCAUAUCCAGACAGCCAUCUGUAAUUUUCAUCGAUGAAAUAGAUAGCAUAAUGUCAACAAGGUUAGCUAAUGAGAAUGAUGCGAGCAGAAGGUUGAAGUCUGAGUUUCUGAUACAGUUUGAUGGAGUUACAUCUAAUUCUAAUGAUUUAGUGAUUGUCAUGGGUAAGCUUCAUAUCUUUAUUGAUUAAGCUUCAUCUUGAUUUUCUUGGCUACUGGGAU